UGCGACCGGGGCCACCGGGCGCCCGCCGCCAACCACAGGUGGAGCCAGGCGGCUAUGCAGGACACUUUCUACCUGAGCAACGUGGCGCCCCAGGUUCCUCAUUUGAACCAGAAAGCGUGGAAUAACCUGGAGAAAUACUGCAGGAGCUUAACAAAGUACAACAAGAAUGUAUAUGUCUGCACUGGCCCACUCUUCCUACCCAGGAUGGAGGCUGAUGGGAAGAUGUACGUCAAGUACCAAGUGAUUGGUAAGAACAACGUGGCAGUCCCCACACACUUUUUCAAAGUGCUCAUCCUAGAGAAGCUCAGUGGAGAGAUUGAGCUGCGCUCCUAUGUGAUGCCCAACAGCCCCGUGGAGGAGACAAUCUCACUCGAACGUUUCCUGGUUCCUAUUGAGAGCAUUGAGCGGGCCUCUGGCCUGCUGUUUGUUCCUAACAUCGUGAAAAGAACAAACAAUUUACAGGCCAUCACUGCUGGACGCAACAGCUGAACACACCCAUCGAAUUGAUGACAGUGGGGUGAAGUUAUCCAGUGAAAGUCCCUUUCGGUACAGUGAUUUAUCAGGGGUGUGUCUGGGCUCAAAUUUAGCCUGCUUCCCCCAGUCUGGGAGCUUUUCAUGGGCCUGCAUUAAUUAAUCUGGUUGUCUGUUUCCUGAGGAUAGCAAAGAUGAAUCCUUGUAUAUUUGUCCCUAAAAUGGUUCCUGGAACUUAAUAAAAAGUCAGGGCAGUAUCU